AACCCAUGGAUUCCUACCCAGAAAAAUAGGCCAGGAAAUUCUCGGAAUCAUAGUUGACAUAGAAUCUCAGAAUUCCUCAGUUACAAUGGAGAAAGAGAAGAAAAUACAUCUCAAGAGAGAACUUGGGUAUUUCUGGGUCACAAAUUUUUUAAUUGUUAACAUAAUCGGUGCAGGGAUUUUUGUGUCCCCCAAAGGGGUGCUAGAGCACUCUUCCAUGAAUGUGGGGCUCUCCCUGUGUAUCUGGGCUCUGUGUGCUGUGCUAUCCAUAACUUCCACUCUCUGCGCUGCCGAGAUAGGCAUCACUUUCCCAUGCAGUGGAGCUCACUACUAUUUCAUCAGGAAGUGCUUCGGCCCCAUCGCUGCUUUCCUGAGGCUCUGGACGACCUUGUUUACCACGGCGGGUAUCCUUGCCAGUCAAGCCCUACUGCUUGCUGAGUAUAGCAUUCAGCCUUUUUAUCCAGGUUGCUCUGUCCCCAAGCUCCCCAUGAAAUGUAUGGCCCUGGCUAUGUUGUGGAUUGUGGGAAUUCUGAAUUCCCGUGGAGUGAAGGAGGGGACGUGGCUUCAGACGCUGAGCACGGCGCUGAAAGUGGGUAUCCUUGGCUUCAUUUCCCUCAGCGGUGUGUUCAUGCUAAUGAGAGGGGAGAUAGCGAAUGUGGAAAGGUUGCAGAACGCCUUUGAUGCUGAAUUUCCGGAUGCUUCCCAGAUAAUUGAAGCCGUCUUCCAAGGAUAUUUUGCAUUUUCAGGCGGGGGAUGCUUUACAGGUGUGGCAGGAGAGCUGAAAAAACCCAGAGAGACAAUUCCCAAAUGCAUAUUUACAGCAUUCCCUGUGGUGACCGUGCUCUAUUUGCUGGUUAACAUUUCCUACAUGACUGUGCUGACGCCUAGAGAAAUUCUUUCUUCAGAUGCUGUGGCAAUCACUUGGACUGAGAGAGUUAUCCCUCAGUUAACGUGGUUUAUGCCUUUUGCUAUUUCUGCCUCAUUAUUUAGCAACCUUCUGAUUAAUGCACUUGGCUCAUCGAGGGUGCUACAUCUUGCUGGUCAGCAAGGCCAGCUGCCUUUGUUAUUCAAUACACUUAAUAUCCACUCCUCUCCACUGAUAGCUGUGCUAGCAAUUGUCAUAAUGGGAUCCAUUGCCAUCAUUGUAACAAACCUAGUUGAACUGAUAAACUAUCUUUAUUUUGUAAUUUCCAUUUGGACUACAUUACAAAUGAUAGGAUUACUAAAAUUGAGGUACCAGGAACCACAUCUACACAGGCCUUAUAAGGUCUUUAUGCCUUACAUAUUCAUAACCAUGGCCAUCACCCUGAGCAUGGUUUUGAUACCACUGGUAAAGUCUCCAAAGAUGCAUUAUAUCUAAGUGCUGCUAUUUUUCCUCGGUGCAC